AUGGCAACGUACCCACCAAUCACAUCGGCGGAGUGUUCGUCAGCCUUUGCGCACAUGAUUGUUACAUACCCUGGAUGUAUCCCCAAACGCAUACCGACAAUGGCCUGUAGAGGGAGCUGUCCAUCAUACACUGAACCACAUUGGAGUAAUGUGUAUCAAGAACUGGUUUACAAAGAUUUUUGCACGUGCUGUGCUCCUUUGCAUAAACGAGUCGGCACCGUUAAUUUGCGAUGCCCGGGACGUGAGGGCGGACCUACAAUGGCUAUGAAAGUACAGGCUGCCUUGGACUGUCAGUGUCGACCAUGUUCUAAUGGCUAUAUCAGACCCCUGGACGAAGAAGAAUAUUAA